AUGUCUACCACCCAAACUCAAACUCAAAACAAACUAUCAGUCCAAUCUCAAAGUGUCGAACACUGUUUGUCUGAUGUUGUCAAACAAGACGACUGGUCAGACUUUGCAUUUGCUCCAAUUAGGGAAGCAACUGUUUCUCGUGCAAUGACCUCUCGUUAUUUCAAAGAUUUGGACAAGUUCGCCGUAUCCGAUGUUGUUAUCAUUGGUGCAGGUUCAAGUGGUCUAUCUGCUGCAUACGUCAUUGCUAAGAACAGACCUGACUUGAAAAUUGCCAUUAUUGAAGCCAACGUUGCUCCAGGUGGUGGAUGUUGGUUAGGAGGUCAAUUGUUCUCUGCCAUGAUCAUGCGUAAACCAGCAGACAAAUUCUUGGACGAAUUGAACAUUCCAUAUGAAGAUGAGGGUCAUUACGUUGUUGUUAAACACGCUGCUUUGUUCAUGUCUACUGUAUUGAGUGAAGUAUUGAAGUUCCCUAACGUGAAGAUGUUCAAUGCUACUGCAGUUGAAGAUCUUGUCACCAGACCAGCCGAUGAUAAUUCUCAGCACGUCAACGUCGCUGGUGUUGUUACUAACUGGACUCUAGUCACUCAAAAUCACGACACCCAAUCUUGUAUGGAUCCAAACGUCAUCGAAUUGUCUGGUUACAAGGAUAAUGGCGAAAGGGAUUUAUCACAGAAGCAUGGUGUUAUCUUGUCUUGUUGUGGUCACGAUGGUCCAUUUGGUGCUUUCACUGUUAAACGUAUGGCUUCCAUCGAUUCCUCUAAGUCCUACGCUGGUAUGAAGGGUUUGGACAUGAACAGAGCUGAAGACGCUGUUGUUAAGAACGCUGGUGCAUACGAUAAGGUUGGUUCAGUUUACUUUGCUGGUAUGGAAGUUGCUGAACAUGCUGGUUUGAAUAGAAUGGGUCCAACUUUCGGUGCUAUGGCUGUUAGUGGUAUCAAGGCUGCUGAAGAUAUCUUGAAGCACUUUGCUGCUUGA